AUGGGGGACGUGCUGCCCCCGAAGCGGCAGGCCGUCGUGGACCGCCUGCGAAGGCGCAUCGAGAGCUACCGGCGCCGCCAGAGUGAUUGCAUCCCGCGCUUCGACCAGAGCUUCAACGGCCUGUGCGAGCAGAACAUCCAGGAGACGCUGGUGCUGAAGCAGAGGUUCCUGGAGACCAAGACGAAGCGAGCCGCCAAGAAGGCGGACAAGAAGCAGGACGUGGGAGGCGGAGGGCUGCAGGGCGCUCUGCACACGAGUGGCAUAAGUCACAAGGCUGAAAUGAAACGGAAGAAGCGAAGUUCUUCAGUAUGUCCCGCUGGAAUCAAACUCGGGCAUUCGUGUGUUCCUUGUGCGAAAAUUUCAAGAAACAAGGCGGACCUUCAUAGCUUCCUAACACAAGUGGUUCUUUGUCACAUUAAGAAUUAUACAAGAUUGCGUAGUUUCAAUUGGCAAAGAAGAGAAGAGUGA